UGUUUACUAUUAGAACAGCUGAAAGUUUCGCACAUUCCAGUAAAAUUUUAGUGUUGUGACUUGUGGUUGGGAAUAGUCAAGUAAACUAUGCUGCAGCUCUCUUCAAUUUAGAUAAUUCAUCCUGAAAUAAUGUUAGUGGGAUGCCGUCAACCGUGACUGCCUCUCGUAGGCACAGCGAGAGUAGCGACGACCAAUUGAACAAUGAAGAGUGUCCUUCACAAAUACCAAUUGAUGAUUCGCGCGCUUUGGAUAGCGACACCUGCUAUACAACUAGUUGUGGCCGCAAUUCUUCUGAUGCAUCAUCUGCAAACAGUUCUUCAUUUUCUACUCCUGAACACUCAACAAGGCUGGAGAAAUUUGAUGAAAGAGAAAACUGUAACGAGCUCUCUUCACAGUCAACAAAUUUUUCACAAGACAAUGCAGAAGAGAGCACAUUCUUGUUUUUUAAAUUCAAAAGAAAAAAUAGAUUGAUAGCUUACCAAUUUCUCAAGAAAUUACGCAUACAUCUAAUAAUGUGGCUCAAGUUUGUAUUAUCUGCUCUUCUAGUCCUUGCCACCAUACAAUUUAGUUUCCCUCAGUCUCCUCAUCAAGUGGUGCCCCAUCCAUUCUUUCCAUCACACACUCUGGUCAAGGAUUUCUACCAGGGUGACCUUCAGCUGCUGGCAGAGCAUCUCCAGUACUCUGACUUGGCUCUUGUGAUGUACUACGCUCCAUGGGAUCGUGAAAGUCAGCUUGCUAGGACGCAGUUUGCUCAUGCUGCUCGCAUUCUUCACAAUCAGGUUGUGUUCUGUGCAAUAAACUGCUGGCAGCCAGACAGCUUUUGCCGUCUGAACCACAAAGUAACCAGCUUCCCAGCUAUUGUGUUACAUGUCAACACUGGAGCCCUAAAAGGUUCUAUUCUGCGAGAGAGCCGUGCCUUUCCCUAUAAUGGCCCUAUUGUCUCUGAACAUUUAGUGAGAUUUCUUACGGCGGCAUUAAGGCCUUACCAACAUGUACCUGACCGCAAGCAUCUUGCAAGUCUUCAGCUUACUCAUUCAGCCGUGAUGCUGACGUACAUUCACGGAAUCUAUGACACUGAGUAUCUGGGGUCUGAUGAUGCGGCCACAUAUCGCGCGGAGCAGCAAUUUGCGUUUUGGUAUCGAGCAUCACUGCACUGGCUGGAUUAUGACAAGCGAGCUGAGGUGACCUGGGCUGUGAUCACGACCCCUAAGCUUGCAGGCGAGCUCGGCAUCAUCAACUCCUCAGCAUCUGAGGACGUGAGGCCCACGUCUGGCUUGCCUCCCAUUCGAAUGUUGAUGGCUGAUGUCAACUAUGAAUUUAAUGGUACAUUGAAGAACUCAAGGGAGCCAAAACCUCUUCUAGAGUGGGUGAUGAGCCAGCUGCUAGGCACUGCUGGCUGGCUGGAGGUGUCCGGCGCAAAGAGCUCCGUGUUGAACGCAUUCUUGCACCGUGGACCUUCGCUGCUAGUCUUCACUCCUGAUUAUCCUCAACAAACUCACAAUUCCUAUUUCGAUGUUGUGCGUGGGCUGUGGCUUCAGUACAGCACUUGUGCGCCUGUGAAUGUGUCGGUUCAAGACACUCGGGCAGGCAGAAUGGCUAGGUUCUUAUUGGACAGUGCGACGCGACACUCCGCUAACCUCGCCAUUGCCAGGGCUGAUUGUACUCGUCAUAGCAGCUUCUACACUUACGGUUUGGGCGACACUCUAGCAACCGAAGUUGCAUCGUCCGCUGCUUGCUCUACUCUCGACAGCCCUGAUACGUCCAGCGUGCAGUCUGAUCACUGUCAAAACGGCCACUUCACGUGCCAUCCUUUCAUGCCCUUCUUCGUGAAGCCUGGCAGUGGAGGCGUUGGUGAGCUUGUGUGGUCGCUGGUGGGUGAUGCUUGUCAAUCUCUAUUCGGGUUCAAUGCCCCUACUUCAAAACACGCUCCACCGCCAUGCUCAUCCAGCUCCCUGCGCCCCUCCAACACCUCAAACCCUACUACCUCUCCGCCCCUCGUAUCGCCAUCGCUAUUUCAACGGUCAGAGGGCGGCGUGGUGGACGAGCGCGUGCAGGAGCUGCAGCAGUGGCAGCAGGAGGAGGCAUGCAGGCGCCUCAGGACCUCUCACCACCACGAACCUCAGGCAGACGCAGCACCACAUGCCGCUACCCUCGGCGUCUUCGCCGGUCACGCGUGCAUCAGCAACAGGACGCUCAAGUUCGGUGUUAUAGACUCGAAGCUGCACGCUGACAUGGCGGUCCGCUGGGGCCUUAACAAGACAACGACUCGGCAGAAGAAUGGCGCAGUGCUGGUUGAUCUUGAGCGAGAGACUCACUAUGUGCUGGACGCCGACUUAUCUGCAGCUUCUCUCGCGGCCUUCGUCGCUAACUUCACUCAGGGACUGUUGGACAGAGUCGAGCUCACCCGACCUCCGGUAAGCCACUACCGUAGCGACUACUCAGAUGACUUCGCUCCUGUUGCUGUGUCAGUGGAGCAGUCGGUGUUGUCGUCACUGCGGCGGUACGGCCGUAGUUCCUCUUCUGGUAACAUUGAUGAUGAAAACGAGAGUGAAUUGUCGCUUGAUGGCAAACUGCAAGGCUCCGUUGUAUUGGAUGCAAGCGUGAACACAGCAUCUAAACGUUCGACGGCCGGAACAACGGCCGAUAGUGGGACACGUGUGCUCGAAAAACAAGAUGAUUCAAUUGUUGAAGAAGAAGAGAGCGGGAAUGGAGCAGAAGCAUACAAAGAAUGGACAGAAGCUUCGUCGAAAAGCAUGAGAAAUGACAGUGGAGGCCACGGUCAAGAAGUUUCCAUACGCGAGCUCACGUCUGACACUUACUUGAACUUCACACAUACGCCUGGCAAAGGAGUGUUGGUACUCCACUACAGCCGCAGCUGCGCCUUUUGCACAUCAGUCUCUCACGUCCUCCUGACCGUGGCGACGCACUUCGCUGAUCUAGCCCUGCAGACGAAGGAAAGCAAGUGGAAAGGGAUUAGCUUCGCUCGUAUAGACAUGUCGUCUAACACAUUACCGUGGCACCUCAACUUCGAUCUACUGCCCACUUUUAUCUAUUACCCUCCAUUCACCAAAAGCAGCUCGCGUGUGCUGGACGCCCGCGUGCCGCUGACGGUUGGUAACCUCAUGCGCUUUGUAGCAACGCAGCUCAGCCCACGUCUGCGUACCAGGCUUGCAUUGACCGGCUGCUCGUCGUCGUGUUACGAAGCCAUCGAAUCUCAAGUUCCCUUUUUGAAGUCUCAUCUAAAGAAUCGACUGCGCAAGGUGUCGGCUCGCUUGCUACGGGUCACUGAAGCCUUGACUCGUGCCCAGUUAGACGCAAGCCUAGAGGAAAAUAUACCAGGAAUGUCAUCAUGGGAUGCCCCAAAUCCCAUAAAUUCUCCUCUUAAUUCCGUUGUUGGCGAAUAUGGAAGUGAAAAUACAUUAGAGGAAGAAUUGCAUCAGGUACCAGUUCAAAGCGAGAAUCUUAAUGCAGCUCAAGCCUCAACGCCCCUCAAUCGCUUGGAGAUGCUGUACCUGACUAGAGCUGCUCUCACGGACGAGCUCACAUCACUCAGGUCGCGCGCCCAGUACCUCGAUAUCUUGCACAAGUCGCUGGAGCAGCGCACUCUUGGAGAUGGGAGCACAGAUACACCAUGGUUUUUCUGGGCCUCAUUGCCGCUAACGUCCUGACGGCAUAUAGUCAUUGGACAUCAUCGAGUGCAAACCACACUCAGUUCAUCAUAACGCUAUGCCAAUGCUGAUAUUUUUAGCGUUACCUACAUUCGAGUGGUAAUGGAUGCUUAGUUUUCCUUACUGGGAGAUACAAAGCCGUCCUUGCCCAAUAUUUCCAAUAGCUCAUUUGGACAGUUUCCCUAAUAGAGAUCCAUUACGAGUCUGUGAUUGAACUUACGGUUUCUGGCUUGAUGCCCGUAAAUUUCUCUUCUUUGUUUUGACUGAAAAUCUUCUGAGUGAAGCUGCCACAAAUCAUUGUGCAGUUGUAUGGAGCACGAAAUAUAUACUGACAUACCUCUAGAUAUUUUUUCUGAUUCGGAUGCUGCUUCUUCUUGCUAUCGGCGGCUGAAGGAUCAACAAUCAAUUUAUGUUGGAAAAAAUAUUUUUUGUUUCUUUUAUAUUCUUCAGUUUUCGUUGUCAAUGGGUGUUUUUAGACAACGGAAAUUACUCGUCUUAGGCUGAUUAAUAAUGGUAAUCUUGAGCAAAUUGAAAGAUGUUAUAUUUUGAGAACCAAUGUUCGUCAAACUAUUCAUUUGUGGCGUAGUUUUUGUCCGAAUUGCUGAAUCUAAACAAUCGUAGUCGGUUAACCGCUUGCUAAUUGUCAAAUCGAUAGUGCCUAAGCGGUGAGUGUCACCGCGCUUCUUACGUCCAAUAAAUUCAAAUUCGGUUUGAUUCAAAUGAAUAUUUGCCUCUGACUAUUUUCUUCUGUUUGAACAUUUGAUUGUGUGCUGGGUGAAUCUUCCUCUACUAUGAUUUAAUAUGCAUGAAAAGCUACGAAGUAAUCGCAUCAAGUUUCACAAGAAUUGUCGAAAACAGCACAGUGCUGCAGUAGGAAUAUAUGGUACUCCAGAGAUAAGUUACUUGGUGCUACAUUUUUCAGUAUCAUGUAUUCAUAUUUUUGAGUUAUAUUUAUUAUCCAUUCAGUAGUGGACAUUUAUAGAUAUUAUUUAUCACUUGCACUCAUUUAUGAUAACGGUACACGCGUAGUAACCUCUCUGCCGCUUUCUUGAAACAUCUCCGAAACCUUCUACCGUGGCGUUUUAAUAAUGUAGUCUUAGCUUCUUGGUUUUGUCAGCUUUGAAUUCGCUGAUACAUAUUUUUGCAACUUAUUCGUGUUCAAGUUAUCGUUAGCAAGAAGCUCGUGUCGAACUUUUCGUUGCUAUGUUGCCAAUUGCUAUCCUCAAACCAGCUUUUUCGGGAAUAUUUCGGCAUCAUUAACCGUCAUCUAACAGCAGAAUUCUCCCGCGCCGUCGAUUAAAAUCUUCAUAAUGAUCAGCCGAUUUUAUUAUUAAUAGAAGUUACAGGAUUUAAACUACAAUCUUGUGAAAUAUUGCUUAAUAAUUUUAGUUGCAUCCACUGUUUUAGCAACUUUUGUCAUGUUUGAAAUGCUCAAGAAUUCGGGGAAUUGAACACUAUUUUCAUGCUCUAAAAAUGAGCUGUGGUAGCGUGCUACUGUCAGCAGAAGAAUCCUGAACCUUACAGUAGCGAUAAACUGUACAGUUUGCGUCGGAGUAAUUCUUUUCUGUAUCCUUAUACAUCCUCAAACUUCAUGGGUAUCUACUAAGUAUUUAUUCGUAGAGGAAAUGAUGUUUAUGAUUGUUAAGUAAUCGGCGACAUACGUCAUGUCCUUCGAUGUAGUGGAGUGAGUUUUAUAUUUUCUUAGUCGUUUAUUGUUGAAGAAAAUUUAUGAUUUUUAUUUUGUUUUUGCGUGAUAAACUGUGAUACGCACCGUCAAUAUAAAGCCUGAAGUCGUA